AUGUCGAGUUUAGCAUCGCAGUUAAAGUCGAUUAGCGACAAGUCUGCGUCAAUUGCAUUGAAUAGACAGCAGAGGUCAAAGAUCCAUUCUAGAUCUUUAAUUUUUGAUCCUAAAGUUGCCGCCUCGCAAGACUAUGAUGAGAUCUAUGAUGUUGCCAUCGACGCCUUAGAUGAGCUUUGCGAACUUGACAGCAGGUUUAAUAAGUUUAAAAAUUCCUUAUUUGCUAAUGACUCGAUUAAUUUCGAUAGAAAUGUACAGUCGGAAGACGUUGUGACCCAGUUGGAUCAAAACAUCAAUGCAUUUUUCACUUUAUUAGGACCUUACUACAAUUUUACCGCAGCACUCAGAGCCUCUGAAUGGCUUGUUAGAAGAUUCCAGGCAAAUAUGCAUAAUCUGGAGUAUAUGAUUCUCACAGCUUUGCCAUACUACAUGCAACCAGUCUUUGUCAAGAUCUUGAACGUCAUCCCGAAGCAAAACAUUCCACAAAUAUUUGAAUGGCUUGUAACAGCAAAGGACCAACUAAGAUCUCCAACAUUGCAAGUUUGCUUUAGAGCUUUUUUCAACGAUAAUCAUUUAUUUACUUUCUACUCAUCAUUUUUGGAUGAACAAAUCAAGAGAAAUACAACAUACAAAGAGCAGUUGGUAUUUUAUCUUUCCAUAACUAUACAGCUCUUGCCAGCAAGCAACAAAAACACUUUGAAUGAGACUUUAAUACCAGUAGUGCUCAGAAGCAGUGACCUAAUGCUUACCUCUAAGAACUCGUCAUUAAGGCUUGGUGCUUACUCUGUACUUGCUGUGCUAUCUGCAGUAGCUCCUUUGAGUAUUGAAUUGCUCAACACUUUGACGUUUGCUGUGCUUGCCAAUGACAUUGCAUUGGAAGCACAGUUUGCAAAGCAAACCGUUUUUCUUUUAAUACAAUUGUGGACUUCUACUACCGAAUUAACGACUUCUGAAGCACUUUCGAAAACACCAUCUUUGCCGAUAAAUAUCAUUGAGCACAUAGACAUUAGUCAAGCAAAAAAAGACAAAUUUUUAGCGAUAUAUUUCUCAAGCAUUUUCCCUAGUGAAACAUCCUUGCAAUUAUUGAAUAUGAUUGAGUUGAAGGGCAACAAGAGAAUGUUCAAGUUUGUCGUGCACACUGUUCUUUCUAGUUUGAAACCCCAACAUUUGAAUGGUGGUGUAACAUCCAAUAAUAACAGUACUAAUUACAAAGACACAAUAUUGGACAUUGUCAGAAAAUUGAUUAAGCUUGAUCAAGCUACAUUCGAUGAAAUGCUCAAGUCGUUUAGACUUACUGUAUCAGAGCUUGAAUUAACCCUCGAAGGCUCAUUACUUGCAACUCACUCAGGAGAUGAAAAGUUGGACGAGUUUGGCGAUAAUGUUGAUCGUGACGAUGACACUGAGUAUACAAAAUUUGUUGAUGAAAGACAGGACGAUAAAGAAGAUGGAGACGAAAACACCAAAUUUGAUAUCUCUAAGCUUGGUGCUUCUGCUCCAACAUACUUGGACUCCAAGUAUAAUCCAGAGUUUUACAAAUUGUCUUUUGCAUUCACUAGAUUCUGCUCAAAAGUUGAUAUCAAAUCUCAACGUGCAGCAAUCUUACAUUUUACACACAAAGUGUUUCAGAACCCUGCUUUGAGCAUUACUUUUUUGUUAAGAGUGGCAUUAUCUUUGGAUGUUCCAUUAUUAGUGAGACUCAAUUCGAUUAAAGCUAUUCAUCGUAUGAUAAAGAAUACUGCUGAUGGAAAGACAGACUUUUACUUGGUCUUGCCAUUGCUUUUAAUAGCAUUUAAUGACCCCUCGAGUCAUAUUAGAGCUGCAUUCGCUCAACUUGUACAACUUGUUUCAGAGAUAACCAAAGCAAUUCACGAAAAUAAAAAGAAACAAAAGACUCUGUUAUUUUUUGAAUCGGAGGUUUAUGCAAACAGUGCCGAGAAAAAAAUGAUCUCGCCUCAGGAUGCCAUCAAGUUGUUUGCAUUUAUUGGGUCAUUAGAUGGAAUGAGACUCGAAGAAGGUAAAAUUGCAACUUUGCUCAAGUCGAUAUUUAACGGCAAAUUUGAUAAAAAGACCCUUGGUUCUCUUUACCAAACUUUUAUUUUGAAUCAAUGGGCACAACCAAGCUUUCCUAUAGUUAUUAAACAAAGGGUUUGGUCAAUUGCAUCACAAUUGAAUGAAAUGGGCGUUAAUGGAGUACGUACCUACUUCUGGGAUACAGACAUUAAGCCAUACUUGGCUAAAAGAGAAGAAUGGUUGGUGCAAGCAAAGGAGGCAAAACUUGCUGAUUAUUACAACAUUGUUGAAAAGUCUCUUGUCCAGCUCGUUGGUGGAGACCACUUGUCUGCUGAGGAUUCCAACUCUGUUUCGCAUUGGUUGUGUCAAGCUUUGGACUCUAAUACUUCUCUUCAACUUGUUGCCAAUGAACGAAUUACUUCCAUUUUCCCAAAACUCACAUCAGUCGAAUCCAAAGUGAUUAUUCUAAGCAAGCUUGUUGACUUGCUAGUCAGCGAUGAUUAUGUGGAGUUCGACCCAAUGAUAACAUUGCAAUCUCUACCACUUGACUCUGCUGUUUUCCUUCAAAUUCUCGAAAAUGUCAAGAUUGGAGAUCAAAUGCCCGAGCAAGGUGUAGUUAAGAGACGCAGAAGAUCUUCGAGUUCAACUAAGCAAGCAAUGGCAAAAUCGGAUAUGACGAAUUUGGCUUCGCAACAUUUGCGAAAACUUUCUAUAAUCUUGGAAGUUUUAGAAGUCAACUUAAGAAAAGCAUCUAUUGCCAACCCCAAGCUCUUGAAGGUUUUGUUCAAGAUCUUGUCUGAUUUGGACUAUUUGGGUAAUGAUGGAAACUUGCCUAUACUUUAUGCACAAGAAGUGCUUGCUUCUUGUUUGUUAUUGAGUAUUUCCGAGUUGAAGAAUAGCAAUCACAAGCACCAGCUUGACUCCAACUCAGUGCGUGCUGAUUUGAUUGUCAAUUCUUUGCGUAACUCGUCUUCGCCACAAGUGCAAAAUAGGUUACUUUUGGUGAUUUCAGAGUUGGCAACAUUGGCUCCCGAAAUUAUCUUGCAUUCGGUAAUGCCAAUCUUUACAUUUAUGGGUGCACAUACAAUUAGACAAGAUGACGAAUUUUCAAAUGAUGCAUUGCAAAAAACAGUUGCUAGAGUUAUUCCCGCAUUGGCCUCGACUAACUCGGGCUCAUUUACUACGGAAAUUGAGUUCUUGUUAGCAAGCUUUACCGCUGCUUUUAAGCACAUCCCAAGUCAUCGUCGUGUGCGCUUAUUUGUGGCAUUGACAAAAACCUUGAAACCAUCCAACUCGAUGCAUAUUUUGAUUUAUUUGCUUGGAGAACAAUAUUACCAAGCAAAGAUGCAAAAGAAUGCACUGGAGAUGCGCGAUAUUGAAACAUUUGUCACUGCAUACUUGAAGGCUUUUGCAGUCGAGACGCAACUUAAUGGACUUGAUCAAUUUAGCAACCUUUUGAAUGAACUUCCUCGUCAUCAGUUAGAAGAAAACUCUAAAAUCUAUGACCAAUUGAGAUCUAGACCGAUAUUUGGUUUGGCAGUUGUAAACUCUACUACUGAAGAGUUGUUGAAAAAGAGGCAUGCAUUGCUCGAGUACCUCAACUCUGUUUUGGAACUUGACUCCGCCAACUUUGAUGUUACAUCUCUCAAGAGCAGAAUCGAUAUAGCCUUGAAAGAAUCAUCUGAAAACGACACUUUAGUUUUACCUCAGAUCAGACAUAUGACGAGCUUUGCAUUGUCAGAAUUAGAUAUCUACACCAAUACCGAACCUCAUCCAGAGAUUAGCGCAGAGCUUUUCGUUAUGUUGACAAGUUUGGUUGAUUUGCUUCCAGUAGUUAAAUUUGUUGAGUCGAUUACAGAAUUCUUGGAUGUUGAUAAACUUGGCGACAACACAGCAAUUAAAGUAGGAAGGAACUAUGCUGUGCUUGCAGCAAGAAAGUUUGAAAAUGAAAUCAGCUUGACCCUGGAGAGUGUUGUUGAGAAUUUCAGUGACUUGGAUAAAUUAUUUAUUGUUCUUUUGAAAGGUAUUGAAAGAAAUGUUGAUUUGGAACUUCAACAAGCGUACUUGAACUUGUUUGCAGUGAUUACUUCGAAACUCGGAGUCGAUGCUGGUUUAACAGCCAAAUUUUCAUCUGUUUUGAUAAAAUCGUUGGGUGUAAUCACCACAUCCUCAGGAUUGCUUAGUAGUGAGUCAGAAAUUGUCAUUGCUUCGAUCAGUGCUAUCGUCAGUAUAGUCAAUGUUCUCGGAAUCAAAACGCUUGGUCUCUUUCCAAAGAUUAUUCCUCCGACUUUGAAAAUUUGGGAACAAACAACAACAACAACAGCAACAGCAACAACAACACGCUCCAUUUCAGCUACUAAAAUUGGAAGAGAUGAACAAAAUGAGUCUUCAAAACUUGUUCAAGAAUCCGUAUUGUUGCUUCUUUCUUGCUACAUCAAGAAGAUGCCUUCUUUUAUGGUCACUACAUUGGACUCCGUCAUCCUCACUAUUUUAAACAGCGAUCUUACUGAAUCACAAAUCAAAUCUUCGAUAAUGAAUUUGAUCAUUGACCGUGUCAAUAUUGGUCAAGUGUUCAAAUCGCUUUGUAGUGUUUGGACUCAAAGACAAUUUUACCAGAGUAAAAACCCAGCUAGCCUUGGUUUGUAUUUGAACAGUAUGGAAUCAACCAUCAACAAACUUGAGAAGCGUGAGGCAAUUUCAGAAGCAACGGUGUUUAUGAAAUGGCUUAUUCAAGCAUUUGAGUUUAGAGAUUAUUCCGAGAAACUGGACCACCCAUUCGAUAUCAACACUAUUCAUCGUAUGGAAAGUUCUUUCCAUUCGUGUGCUAUUGCCUAUGUCAUGAAACUCAACGAUAAAAGUUUCCGUCCGUUAUUUGCUAAUUUGGUGCGUUGGGCCAUUGAUGGUGAGAAUAGCAUCCACGAUGUUGCCAAGACUUCGAGACUAUUAUCGUUUUACAGGUUUUUCAACAAAUUGCAAGAACUGUUAAAGAGUAUAGUUACAUCGUACUAUUCCUAUUUGGUUGAUGCUGCAAGUGAAUGUUUGAAGAGCUUUGCCAGUGAGGAGGAUAAAGGUAAUAAGGAUGCGACAACUUUACGCAGAAUUGUCUUGAUUUCUUUGUCGUUGUCGUUUACAUUUGACCAAGACGAGUAUUGGUCUCAACAAGGAAGAUUCGACAGUAUUUGUCAGCCAUUGUUGGAUCAACUCUCAAAUAUCGAGGAGUCUAUUGGAAAAUUCUUGGUCAAGACGAUUACAAACUUUGUUUCCGAUAUUUCCUCAAAGGAGCACAGCGAGGUUGUAUUAAAAGGACUUGUCAAAUUUAUUUCAUAUGACACCGAGAACCUGUCCAAUACAAAGAUUUGGACAAUCCGCACUUUAAAAUCUAUUUUCCAAAAAAUGGGAGAGCAGUGGCUUUCUUACUUGCCAAUCUUGGUUCCACAUAUUGCAGAAUUGUUGGAAGAUGAUGACGAGGCAGUAGAAAUCGAGGUCAGAGAAGGAUUGGUAAGAGUUAUAGAAAAGGUUUUGGGUGAACCAUUGGAUAGGUAUUUGAGCUAG